GUUUUGCAUUUUCCGUUGACAGGUGGUUUUGUGUGUUCUCUCUCUGUGUGUGUGGAGGGUGGAGCUGCAGGUGCUGUGGGUUACUGUGAUGAAUUGACUGCUCAGAAGUUCUUUUUCCCAGUGUGGUUUUUACUUGAGCUUGAGUAUGUGUGGAGUGAUAUUUCUAUAGCCAUGGCAUUAAAGAAAGCUGCCUGCCAGCCACUGCUUAUGGGACAAAGAACCUGCUGUUUUUUUUUAUACUCUGGACACUCACUAUACGUCAUCGCGUAACCUUCCAGUGAGGCUCCAAUGCCACUUUCACUUGAACAAGUGAAAAAUUUGCAUCGCCCUUAAAGCAGAAGGAUAGAAGAACACAUCUAUUAAUCUGACAAGGCAUUCAUUUUCUAAAGGGAGAAGCUGUGAAAUGAAGCUUUUCUUUCAUUUGUUCGCCCUGAUCUUGUUUUUCCUCGACAAAGGUGUGUUUGGUGUUGGACCAGAUAAACAGUCAGUGUCUGUGAUGGAGGGAGAUUCAGUAAUUUUUCGCACUGGUGUUAAAACAAACCAACAAGAAGAUAUUAAAUGGUAUUUUGGUGACACUCGUAUCGCUCAGAUCAGUGGAGAUCUCAGUAAGAUCUGUACAGAUGUUCAGUGUAAUGAAGGUACUGAGAGAUUCAGAGACAGACUGAAGCUGGAUCAUCAGACUGGAUUUCUGACCAUCAUGAACAUCACAAACACUGACUCUGGACUUUAUGAAUUGAAGAUUAUCAGUAGUACCAGCAGCAGUGAUAAAAUGUUCAAUGUUACUGUCAGUGGUGUUUCUGCUGCUGAACGAGAUGAAAUAAAGAGAAAGUCAGUGAAGGAGGGAGAAUUUGUCACUUUAGGAUCGGAUAAAACAAAAAGUCCAAAUGAUGAGAUGAAGUGGUAUUUUAAUGAGACUCUCGUCGCUGUAAUAAAUGGAGAUCAGAGUACGAUCUGUACAGAUGAUGUGUGUAAAGAGAGAUUCAGAGACAGACUGAAGCUGGAUCAUCAGACUGGAUCUCUGACCAUCAUGAACAUCACAAACACAGACUCUGGAGAAUAUAAACUACAGAUCAUCAGCAGCAACAGCAGUCUUUGUAUCACCAGAGUGAAGAGAUUCUGUGUUACAGUCAUUGCUGUUCCAGAUUCAGGUCGGUCUUCAGCUGCUGUAGCAGGAAUAGUUAUUGUUGUUCUGCUGGUGGUUGUUCUUGUAGCUGCUGGUGCGUUUUACCAUCGCCGCAGGAGACAUACUGCUGUACCACAGAAUGACAUAGAUGCUAAUAACUCGAAGCUCGAUGAACCCAAAAGAUUGAGUGGCACUGAAUAUCAAUGAAUCAGACUCAGGCCGAAGCUGCCAAAAAAAAAAACAAAGUAACAUGAUUUAUCAUUUUGA